AUGGAAUUUGUGCAUCGUAGAUGGAUGUAUAAUAGGAAUCAUCCUAAUCGUGCGGGGUUGAGGGAUGAAUUUAUUGAAGGGGUUGCUGAAUUUAUUGCUAAGGCUCAAACACUUGAUGAUUUUCUUAUUGGAGGAAGGAUUAGGUGUCCUUGUGUGAAAUGUAAAUGUGUUAAGUUAUUGAAAUCAGACGCAGUUAAAGUCCAUCUCUACAAGAAAGGGUUUGUAGAAAAUUAUUGUAUAUGGACCGCUCACGGGGAGAAUCAUGCUAGUUUAGAUGAUGCUAACUUUCAUAAUUCUUUUGGUGGUGAGGGUAGCCCCAUUGCAGAGCAUAAUGUUGAAAAUUCUCGAUACAAUAAAAUGAUGAGGGAUGCUUUUGGGACGUUUCCUGGGGUUCAAUCCGAACCAAAUGAUGAGACUAAGCGUUUCUAUGAACAAUUACUAGAAGCUAGUCGUCCAUUGUAUGAAGGCUCGGUGCAUUCCAAGUUGUCUGUUGCGGUUAGAUUGCUAAGUAUUAAAUCGGAUAGUUCUAUUUCCCAAGCGGGCAUGGAUUCUAUUAUUGGGAUUAUGAAUGAACUUAAUCCGAUUAACAUUGACUUACCAAAAGAUUUCUACACUGCUAAAAAAUUGGUUUCUAAGUUGGGUCUUUCAUCAAAGAGAAUUGAUUGUUGUGAGAAAUGUUGCAUGUUAUUCUAUAAGGAUGACGCAUCUCUAGAGAACUGUAAAUUUUGUAAUCAGCCUCGUUUUAAGGAAGUCACAAAUGCCAAUACAAAAAAGAAAGUUCCAGUUAAAAUGAUGCAUUACUCACCUCUUAUACCUACGUUAAUCAGGUUGUAUACAUCAAUGAGCUCUGCUCCUCAUAUGAGAUGGCACUACGAACAUAGAAGGCCACCUGGUAUACUCUGUCAUCCGUCAGAUGGAGAAGCGUGGAAGCAUUUUGAUAGGGUGUUCCCCGAGUUUGCUAGUGAACCAAGAAACAUUAGCCGCGGAGGGAAUUCUGUGGUCUGCACAUUAGCCUUUUUGCCUGAUUCUUGUUCUUCUGUUCAAAUCACUCCUUCUUGA